AUGACCUCAACCGAAAGAACUUUAGAUUCUUCGCAAAAAUAUUCGUCACCAUUAAACAGCAUAUUAGAAAUAGCUGAAAAAAUUGGAUUUAUUAAUGAAGAGAUACCGUCAUUUUCAUCAAAAAUUUUAUCUUCAAUACAAUUAGUUAAUUUACUCUGUGAAUUACUUUCUCUUCGUGAUCAAAAUGAAAAGAUUCUUCACGAACUUACAAAAAUCAAAGAUUCUCAAUCAAGUUUUGACUUGGUAAAUGAAUCUGAACUAGACUUUAGUAAACAUAUAGAAUCUAUUAUUUCAAAUAAACAAGAUCUUUUGAUGAGACUUAAAGAUCCUUUUGUUGGUGAAAAUAUAAACAUAGAGCCUCAAUAUCACAAAGAUUUUGCGGAAUUAUUUCCAUUAAUUGCACAGAGCAUCGCUUCAUUAUCUUAUGAACUGGAAAAUAUUGAAGAUGUUCAAACCAUUAACAAAGGAAAAGCCAAGAUUUGA